CCUUCCGCCCGUAGUAAGUAGUCACGUGAGCGGAUUUCUAUGGAGGAGUGGGGAGAGGCGGCUCUCUUCGGGCCUUUCUGCUCAAAUUCUCCCCCCUCCUUCGGGAGUAAACUUCUUUCGCUCGACAGCGCCCCCCGCGGCAAGGGCGGCAGCAGCAGCGCAGCCUCGGCCCUUUUCCCAUCGAGCGUCGCUGCUUCAGGAUGGCGCUGCUGCUGCUGUGCUGGCGUUGCCGGUCCGGCGUGCGAUUAGGUCCCGGCGGAGCACCCGUCCCCGCCGCUUCCUUCUAUGGAGCUUUCCCCCCUCCGGACCUUCGCCCCCACUGGGCGCUUAGACCACCAGCGUACCAAUUCUCUGCAAAGGCAAAUUCCAAGAAACCGCUCUCUGCUUUGGUUUCAAAAGUCAAAUACAUGAACGAGAAGUAUAAAAAGUAUUUGGAAAGAACAUUCCCACGUUUCUAUCAGCUGUAUUCAUCUUUUUUGAAAGGAUUUAAGAUAUUCUUUUCAGAAGCAAAAGAAAUAAGAAGAAUAAAGGGAAACAUGUCACGUAAAAACAUCAAGUUUCAUCAACUUCCAUACAGGGAGAUGGAGAGGCUAAGACAGUUUCGCAGAGAUGUGAUCAAGGCCAUUCCAGUUGGGAUUCUCUCUCUUCCACCCUUUGCCAACUACCUGGUUCUUUUGCUCAUGUAUCUGUUCCCAAGACAACUCUUGAUACGCCACUUCUGGACUUCCAAACAGCAAGCCGAGUUUCUGGACACCUACCACAAUAUGAGAAAGGAGGCAUACACUGAAGUGGUUGAUGGUCUAAUGCAACUAUCUCACUCCCUAGCUGAUCAACAACUUCGGAAACAGAUGCUAGAUCUCUGCAAAAAGGUGCAGGAAGGCUUUCACCCAGACAUAAAAGACCUUAAAGCUGCGAGGACCUUAUUUGUGGGACAUCCCUUUGGCAUCCAGCGACUCAGGGUACAGCAGGUGAAAGUUCUGAGUCGUGUUUUGUUCCUAACCCCUCGCUUGCCAUCUCUGUUCCUGAGAUACCGCUUGCAGAACCACUUGUCAGAGCUGCACCACCUGGACCAGGCAAUGCUGAAACUAGGAGUGGGAGAACUAAGCGAUGAGGAAGCGCAAGCGGCUUGUUACAUCCGUGGCUUGAAUUCUGUUCACCUCAGCCCAUUGCUGUGCCGGCUGUGGCUGACCCAAUGGCUAACACUUUCCUGCUCACUGAAAGAUUCUGAAGCUUCACUCUUGGCACAUGGCAUGGUCUUACUUUCUACCAACUUCCCCUCUUCCUCCAAGGGCUGACUGAGGGCAGCCCUUCCUGGUGCACCACUUCUGAAGAGAGAUUGUGACAGUGACUCUUAGUUGAAGCAGAAGGGGGAAUGGAUUUUUGCUUACACUAAUAUAUAAUAACCAAGAGUCCAGUAGGAGAUCUCUCUCCAACCAAAGUUUUAGCCGUGAGAGGAAACAAUGCAUUACUAUGAAUAUUCCUCCUCCUGCUCUAGAGAGAUACAGGAGAAUUGCCAAUAUGGCACUAGGGAAAAUGCCAGCAUGUCCACAAGAUUUGUUUAAAUGUGGCUCAGUAACAACUUCAUAGGCCCAGCAUGAUUCCAUGCUUAUUUUCAAUACUUAUAUUAUAAUCCAGUACACACUUACCUGGAAGUAAGUCCCAUUGAACCCAAUGGAGCUUACUUCUGAGUGGACAUGUAUUGGAUUGCAGCCUUAGACGUUCGCAAAAAUAUCUGCUAAAGAAGGUACUGGCUGUAGCUGGUAUUUUCCUGAUAUUGUGAAAGGCAUCCGGUAACAAAUCUGCCAUGAGUUUCCUUCAUUAAAGGAUAUUUUUAAUUUUACAAUGCUGACUGGAGAGCUCAGUAACUUUUUGCUGGACUUUCAUAGUGCAUUGUAAGAAUGAGAUCUCAAUUAUUUUCAGAACUGCAACUUUGUUUGAAAUACUACUAGUGAUUGAGCUUGUGCUGGAAAAAACCAGCAAUGCUCUCAUCACAUGGGCAUUAUGAAACAUGCAUUUCAUAUUGGUAGAUGUGGAAUUCAGCAGGAUAGUUGUGAUAGUUACACAUUUAUACAAAGCAAGUUAAUUUAAUUAUCUGUACCAAAAGCACUUAAAUCUCUGUCUGUGCCUCUAAGUCUUAAGUUCUACAACCACGAUACUUAAAAGCAAGUGAAAAAAAGAAAGAAAAGAAAAAAGCCAGGUCUUGCACUCCAGAAGCUGAAAUUCUGGCCAGAAAAGUAUAAAUUGUGUGUGUGUGUGUGUGGUAUACUACAGGUUGAAUCAGUUAUUGUAAAUGCAUGAGAAAUCCUUAGAAGUAAAUGAAUGUCUAUCGAUACUGUACCUGAUAUGUAAAUAUUCUAUUAAAGAUGGCUAAUAAAGGACAAUCUCACAAUUUACCUGGAAUCUUCAAAA